AUGGAAGUGCAGGAGCACGAGGAGCCUCCUCCGCGUGUGUCGUCUCGGCCGAUGGCGGCGGCAGCUCGAGUUGCCGCGCCGCACCUGCGCUUCAGCGGCCGCCAGCGCAGCAGCAGCCUGGACAACGAGCGCUCGUGGCGCCCGGCGAGCGGCUUCGCGUCCAAGCACCAGGCCGAGCUGGAGGCCAAGCGCCUGCACCGCGAGCGCCAGCUGCAGCGCGCCCGCCAGAUGCAGCAGAUGCAGGAGGAGAAGAAGCGGCGCGAGGCCGAGUUGGCCAAGGGCCCCAAGCCCAACGACCACGUGAUCGUGGAGGAGGGCGAGUGGAAGACCGUGGUGUCGCACGGCCGGCGAGCGCGCAACGAUCGCCGGACGACGCACGCGGCCGCCGGCAUCUUCCUCCCGUUGCCGCCGGGGCCUCCCGUGCUUGGGUUCGCUCAGUCACUCGACGCGCCGUCGGUUUCUGCUGCCGUUAGUGCGGGGCGCUCCUUGAGCCAAGACGAGAUGGAGACCGCCGACCUGGCCCGAAGGAAGCGGAGGCAGCAGAUGAAGAGGCGGCAGAAAACGCCUUCGCAGAGAGAAGAAGCGAAACUGCAGAGCGUGGACGGUGUCCCGCACCCGUCGCUGCUAGGAGAAGUGAUGUUCGCGCGGCGCAGCAGCUUGCAGAGGCUGGCGGACAAGCUGCAUGUGGACGACACCGUGGCGGAGUUUAGCGUGACAGACUUCGAGAUGGCUACAAGGAUCUCUCAGGCGGUGCUAGACCUGUUUGCCCCUCCGAAAGACGACACGACUUCCGAGAGCGGCAACGAGGACCACGAAGAUGCCAGCACGACUAUCAAAGAGCGGAAAAGGUUCCCGCUCGUGGUAACGGACGGCACCGCGUGUGUCGGCGGCAACGUGCUGUCCUUCUGCGACUUCUUCACACACGUGAACGCCAUCGAAAACGAUUCCACACGGGUGCAGAUGCUGCGCCACAACCUUCAGGUACUCAAAAAGACGAACGCGAGGUGCAUCCACGCGAACUACCUGGACGUGAUGCUCGAGCUGCAGCAGGACGUGGUGUUUCUGGACCCGCCAUGGGGCGGCCCCGAGUACAAGGACCUGGAGAAGGUGGACCUGUUCCUCGGAGGCCUGCCGCUGCACGAAAUCUGUGCGCGUCUGCAGGGGAGCGCCAAGUGCAUCGUGCUGAAGGUGCCGAGCAACUUUGACGGCGAAAAGUUCUCUAAGCUCGUACCGGGCAAGGUUGUGAUCCGACGGGACCUAAAGAAGAUGCACCUCGUGUUGCUAGACUUCCGGUAG